CCUAAAAUUUUUCAGACACACCAAAUCAUUCUAGUUUUCAUUUGAAAACCCGCUCUUUGUUUUGUCUACUCAUUAUAUAUACAUAUACAUUAUGGCACAAUCUCUUCCUUACCCAACAUCUCAACUGCAUCUUGUUUCUUUUUUCCAUCCUUUAUUUGUUCCAAAAUAACAACACAGAGGAACAAGAUGGAGACCCGUGCAGCUGCAAAGAGAAAGGCAACCGCUGCUGCUGCUCCCAUGGUGGUGGUCCAAAAACAACAUCCCAAAAGGCAGCGUGUUGUGCUGGGUGAACUUUCAAAUUUUCCGAAUGCAACUCAAAACAAACGCAAAGAGAAACUACAAUGUCGGAAGAAUCCAAAUUUAAAGAAACCAUCUCCCACAGAGUUCAUUUCCUCUUCAUCACAGUUUGACCAACCUUACGUUUUCGACAUCUAUGAGUAUCUUCAUGGGAUGGAGAUGCAGAAGAAGAGGAGACCAAUGAUUGACUACAUCGAGAAAGUUCAGGGAGAAGUUACUGUAAUCAUGAGGACAAUAUUGGUGAAUUGGUUAGUGGAGGUAGCUGAAGAGUACAAUCUUCACUCGGAUACCCUUCAUCUCUCUGUUUCAUACAUAGAUAGAUUUUUGUCAGCGAAUCCUGUUAGUAAGUCAAGACUUCAAUUACUUGGUGUUUCGGCCAUGCUCAUUGCUGCAAAGUAUGACGAAGUUGAUCCACCCCGUGUUGAUGCUUUUUGCAACAUCACUGACAACACAUACAAGAAGGCAGAGGUUGUAAAGAUGGAAGCUGACAUACUCAAGUCUCUAAAGUUUGAGAUGGGAAAUCCUACUGUGAACACCUUUCUAAGGAGGUUUGUUGAUGUUGCUUGUGAUAACCAAAAGGCUUCAAAUUUACAGUUUGAAUUUCUAAGCUGCUAUCUUGCUGACCUAAGUUUGUUGGACUACGAUUGCUUGAGAAUUUUGCCUUCUAUAGUGGCAGCUUCAGCUGUAUUUCUUGCCAGAUUUAUUAUUGCUCCUGAAGUUCAUCCUUGGACUUCUUCCUUGUCUGAGUGUUCUGGUUACAAACCAGUUGAACUGAAAGAAUGUGUCAUGAUUUUGCAUGACUUGUAUUUUUCAAGAAAGGCUGUCAGGGAGAAAUACAAGCAGCACAAGUUCAAGUUCGUAGCAAGAUUGCCUUCUCCUCCACAUAUACCAAGUCAUUACUUUGAAACUCAGUGAUGCACUGAGAAUCCUUCAUAAAAACGCCUCAAUCAGAAAAGAUAGCAUUUUUGUGCACUGAUUUACUUAGAUGGAAGUUGGUAUCUUUUAAAUGUAUAUUUGAUCUGAAAGAGCAACAGGAUAGGUUAGGUACCACUGUUCUGUCACUUUUACCGUGAAUCAUCAUGGAAAAAAGUGAUGGGUCGAUUAACAGGAUGAAGACUUUUAUCUGCAUUUUUAUCACUGAGCCUAAGGAAAAAUGUACACAUCCAUGAUCUAUAUACUACUGAACACAGUUGC